AGUAAGAGCAUCAAACACAAAGAAAAACACAUAACAAUAUGGGGUCACCAAUGGCCUCUUUGGCAGCAACUUUGCUUGUCUUAGCACUUUCUCUUGGUUUUGUAUCUGAAACCACCGCAAAUUACUACUACUCUUCUCCUCCUCCACCGGUCAAACACUACACUCCUCCAGUGUACAAGUCUCCUCCACCACCGGUAAAGCACUACUCUCCUCCGGUUUACAAAUCCCCACCUCCACCAAAGAAGGACUACGAGUACAAAUCACCUCCACCACCGGUUAAGCAUUACUCUCCUCCUCCAGUUUACAAGUCUCCACCUCCUCCCAAGAAACAUUACGAGUACAAAUCACCUCCUCCACCGGUUUACAAAUCUCCUCCUCCUCCGGUUUACCACUCUCCUCCACCACCUAAAAAACACUACGAGUACAAAUCACCUCCUCCACCGGUUUACAAGUCUCCUCCCCCUCCGGUCUACCACUCUCCUCCACCACCUAAGAAACACUACGAGUACAAAUCUCCUCCUCCACCGGUUUACAAGUCUCCUCCUCCUCCAGUCUACCACUCUCCUCCACCACCUAAGAAACACUACGAGUACAAAUCUCCUCCUCCACCGGUUUACAAGUCUCCUCCUCCUCCAGUUUACCACUCUCCUCCGCCACCUAAGAAACACUACGAGUACAAAUCUCCUCCUCCACCAGUUUACAAGUCUCCUCCUCCUCCGGUUUACCAUUCUCCCCCACCACCUAAGAAACACUACGAGUACAAAUCACCUCCUCCACCGGUUUACAAGUCUCCUCCUCCUCCAGUCUACCACUCUCCUCCACCACCUAAGAAACACUACGAGUACAAAUCUCCUCCUCCACCGGUUUACAAGUCUCCUCCUCCUCCGGUUUACCACUCUCCUCCACCACCUAAGAAGCAUUACGAGUACAAAUCUCCUCCUCCUCCGGUUUACCAGUCUCCUCCCCCUCCGGUUUACCACUCUCCCCCACCACCAAAGAAACACUACGAAUACAAAUCGCCGCCACCUCCCGUCUAUUCUCCUCCUCCACCGGUUCACUACUCACCUCCUCACCACCCCUACCUUUACAAAUCUCCACCUCCUCCGUACCACUACUAGAUAAACUGAUCGUCAGACUCAUGGAGUUGACGACACUACACAAGAAAACAAAUAACCUUUUGGUGAUAUAAUAAAAGAUACAAGAUCAUUAAGAGAUAAUAUCGAAACGGAUAUAUUUUCUAAGAGAAGUUUCCCAUUUAAUGUGUUUUUUUCUCCCAUAAAAUAAGUUGUUGUAAUAAACUUCAAACAUGUUUGAUGAGUUGUCCCUUCAUGCAUGCAAAUUGGUCAUAUGUUUGUAAGUUCAAGUCGUGUUUUCUAAAUUCUUCAGUUUCAAAGUUUGAUUGUUUACUUAAAUAAAAGUAUAAGUUCCUUUUCA